CUAUAUCAGUAGGCAAGUUUCUUUUGGAGCCUGAACGACUAGAGGUCAACCCAAACCGUCCUGGCUUUUGAUUACUCUUACGUGCCUGAGUACCCCAAGCAUGUACACAUCUCCCUAACGCCCGGAAACUUGGCGACUUACUUAGUCCUUACUCGAAUGCCAGCGCAAUAAUGACAACCACCACUGCCCCCCAGUCCGCAGGCCCCACGGCACCCAUCUUCCGCUCCAUGGACAAGACCAUCGGCGUGCACUGGGAAGAGACCAUGAUCGAGAUGAGCCGGAAGAUGAUGGUGCCCCUCAACGCGCGGCUUAUUCAGCAGAUGGGGUUGGGCCACACGACGGAGCCGAUUGCGUUUCUCGACAGCGCGUGCGGGGCUGGUCCGGCUACGCAGGAGCUUUACAAGGUUGUGCCGAGAGAGGUGCUGGAGAAGAGCGAGGUUGUUUGUGCGGAUGGGUCGCCUAUGAUGGUUGGGCUGGCUGAGAGGAGGAUUCGGGAGGAGGGGUGGGUUGGGGCGAGGGCGAAGAAUUUGGAUGCCAUGGACUCUGGGUUAGCUGAGAACUCGCUGACGCACGUCGUCAUCGGCCUCGGUCUGCAUCUCAUCCCCCGCCCAGACAAAACCAUACAAGACGUCGUCAGGAUCCUCAAGCCCGGCGGGGUCUUCGGCUGUAUCACGCCGCACGUCGACCACAUAGGCUGGGUCGCGGACGUGAGGUCAGCAUUCGCAUCCUUCCCAUUUGAAGCGCCAUUCGAGGAGAAGAAUCGGGCGCAGGUUCACGAUGUCGGGCAGUGGUAUGAUGAGGACUGGGUCAGGAACUAUCUACAGGACAACGGGUUUAAGGACGUCAAGACGUGUUUGGAGAGCGGGACGGUGAGGGUGAGGGAUGCGAAACACUGGCUGGAUGUGUUCGGGCCGGUUGUUGCGUUGGUUGUGAACACGGAGUGGAGUGAGGAGUUGAGGGGGGAGCAUGGGUUGGAGGAGGUGAAGGGGUUGAUUAAGGAGCAUUUGGAGGGGAAGUAUGGGGACAAGGGGUGGGAUGUUGGGUUUGCUUGUAUUGUUGCUUCUGGAGUUGUUGUGAAGUGAGGUAAGGUAGGGACGAGAUUGUCCGGAGAAGUAUGAGACUCUUGAGGUUUUGUUGGUUUGGGCAGCUGUAGGCUUGAAGGUAAGAUGUUGCCAGAAGCAGAUUGGGACAUAGUCUUGAGUAUGAAACGAGCAUCCAAAGCUAACCUGGUCACUUCCAGAGGUGAGUUGCCUUAGCCAUGUCUCAGAUGAAGCCGUGAUGAAAACAUAUCGGGAUACGCGGGGUGUCUCUCAACCAGCAUUGUGGCGUUCAUACGGCUGAAAUGUCUUAUAUGAUCCCAUACUUCACCUAUUUACUCUCGUGUGCUGCAAACGAAGUGACUGGCCAA